AUGCUUCUCCGUCAGCCUUAUCGUGGACCAGUCCGCAAAUUAGUCCUUGCCUUCGACGUGGGCACCACAUACAGUUCAAUUUCCUACUGUAUACUUCAACCUGGAAAAGUUCCAAAGAUUGAGCCUGUCGUCAGAUAUCCGGCCCAAGAGCACAGCGGAGGGUAUUCGAAAAUACCUUCUAUACUCUACUAUGAUUCAAACGGAACUGCACGUGCCAUUGGCGCUGAAACACUACAGGAACAUAUCAUCGACAGGGCUGAGGAUGAUGGAUGGAUAACAGUCGAAUGGUUUGUUUUGUGGAAAUUGCGCCUUCGGCUCAGGCAUUUGGCUGCCAACUAUAUCACCGACGACGAUAUCCCACCACUUCCGCCAGGCAAAAAUGCUGUCGAGGUGCUUGGCGACUUCAUGCAAUACCUUUUUCGUUGUGCACGCAGCUAUAUCCAGGAGACUCAUCCAAGCGGAUCUGCUCUUUGGCGGUCACUCGAGAACCGGAUCGAAUUUGUCCUUACACACCCAAAUGGCUGGGAGGGCCCGCAGCAGAAGCAGAUCAGGCUAGCUGCCGUCCUUGGCGGUCUCGUUCCCGGUACAGAAGACGGCAUGACACGUGUCCAUCUGCUGACCGAAGGAGAAGCGAGUUUGCAAUACUGUGUCGCUAAUACCCUAGCCUCAGAUGCAUUGUCGAAGACACCGAUACUUGCACCUGAAGAUGGCGAAGAUGAUGACAUCUCGGCUAGUCAAGGCGUUGUCGUCAUCGAUGCAGGAAGAGUAACAGUCGAUCUUAGUGCUUACUCGAUGUCUUUAUCCCCGACGCUGAUCAAAGAGAUUGCUGCGACCGAAUGUCGACUCCAGGGAUCUGUAUUCGUGACUCUUCGUGCUCGUGAUCUUCUUCAAGAAAAAUUAUCCGGCAGUCGUUACGGCACACCAGAUAUAGUCCAACAAAUGACAGAGAUCUUUGACCGUACCACCAAACGUAUGUUCCGCAACUCGGAAGACCCGUCAUACAUCAAGUUCGGUACUAUCCGUGACAAAGAUCCUCAGCACGAUAUUCGUAGCGGUUACCUUAAAUUGAGCGGGCAAGUCUUACAAGACGUAGCAAAACUCUUCGAACCCUCGAUCAGCAGCAUCAUCGAAGCUUCCGAAACUCAAAGAAAAGCUGCAGGCACUCCGAUCACAUUUGUAUUUUUCGUCGGACGCUUUGCUGCGAACGACUGGAUGUUCGCCAAGUUGCACGCAUACUUCCAGUCGCUUAAUAUUAGCUUCAGUCGACCAGAUAACCAUUGCAAUCAAGUCGUUGCGAAUGGUGCUGUGUCAUAUUUCAUCGAUCAUUUGGUAUCGACUCGUGUGGCCCGUUUCACAUACGGCACAGAGUGUAGCGUCCUAUUUAACCCAUUAGAUAUGGAGCAUCGUUCUAGGCAAAAGGAAGUUUUCCGAAGUGUCUCGGGAACUCUUGCUCUGCCUGGUGCAUUUUCUUCCAUACUGACCAAGGGAACACUGGUCUCUGUGCAGCAAGAGUUCAGCAAGACAUUCGCUAUCCGACGGUAUAACAAGGCCGCAUGUAACCAAGUCGAUGUCCGCAUCAUGUUGUACAGGGGUCUCCGACAACCGGAUUGGAUGGACACAGAGCGAAGCUUAUUCUCCACGUCAUGCACCGUCCACGCAGACACAUCGAAAAUUGCCGAGAAACUAACAAUCAAGCGCUCCGCCGAAGGUUCCACGUAUUAUUCGAUGGAGAUCAAAGUCAUUCUUCUUUUCGGGUUGACAGAGUUGAAGGCUAUGAUUAGCUGGGAAGAUGGGGUAAGU